CUUUUUUACCAACAGCUAUCCAGCUUGUAUUUGAUUCGGCGACCCAAGUCGCAGCUUCAAAAUGGGCAAGAAGGCCAUUGAUUCGCGCAUUCCGGCCCUCAUCCGCAAUGCCGCUCAAGAACACAAGCGCGGUUUCUUCGUUGUCGUCGGCGAUCGCCAGAAGGAUGUCAUUGUCAACUUGCACUACAUCCUCCAGACUGCCAACCUCAAGGCCAACAAAUCUGUCCUUUGGGCCUACAAGAACAAGCUGCUAGGCUUCACCAGUCACCGCAAGAAGAGAGAACAGAAGAUCAAGAAGGAAAUCAAGCGUGGUAUCCGUGAUGUCGACAACGAGGACCCCUUCGAGCUGUUCGUCUCGACCCAGAACAUCCGCUAUGUCUACUACAAGGAGACGGAGAAGAUUCUCGGAAACACUUACGGCAUGUGCAUCCUGCAGGACUUCGAGGCCAUCACCCCCAACCUCCUCGCCCGCACCAUCGAAACCGUUGAAGGAGGAGGCCUUGUUGUCAUGCUCUUGAAGGGCAUGAGCAGUUUGAAGCAGCUCUAUACUCUUUCCAUGGACAUUCACUCGCGCUACCGUACCGAGGCCCACGGCGAUGUUGUCGCCCGCUUCAACGAGCGCUUCAUUCUGUCUCUCGGCAGCUGUGACUCGUGCUUGGUCAUCGACGAUGAGAUGAACGUUUUGCCCAUCUCUGGAGGAAAAACCAUUCAGCAGCUACCUCCCCCUGACCCAGAGGCCCAGGGCAAGACCCCUGCUGCUAGGGAACUCGAGACCAUCAAGGAGAGCCUUGCCGAUACUCAGCCCGUUGGAUCCCUCGUUACUUUGGCCCGUACUGUCGACCAAGCAAAAGCCUUGCUUACUUUCGUAGACGCUAUUGCCGAGAAGACUUUGCAAAGCACAGUCACUCUGACCGCUGCUCGUGGUCGUGGUAAGUCUGCAGCACUCGGUGUUGCUAUCGCCGCUGCCGUCGCCCACGGUUACAGCAACAUCUUUAUCACUUCGCCCAGCCCCGAGAACUUGAAGACUCUGUUCGAGUUCGUCUUCAAAGGUUUCGAUGCUUUGGGCUACCUCGACCACGUUGACUACACCAUUAUUCAAUCUACCAACCCCGACUUCAACAAGGCUAUUGUCAGAGUCAACAUUCACCGUCAACACAAGCAGACCAUCCAAUACAUCCAGCCCCAGGAUGCUUACACUCUCGGUCAAGCUGAACUCCUGGUCAUCGAUGAAGCUGCCGCGAUUCCCCUCCCUCUGGUCAGAAAAUUGAUGGGUCCUUACCUGGUCUUUAUGGCCUCGACCAUCAACGGUUAUGAGGGUACUGGUCGUUCCUUGUCCCUCAAGCUGAUUCAGCAGCUUCGUGAACAGUCUCGAGGAGGCUCCAAAUCUACUGACGAGCAGGUCGCCGAUCGCUCCACUGGAAGAUCUGCCAAGGACGAUAACCAGGUCGCUAUCGCUGGUCGCUCUCUUCGUGAGAUUACCCUCUCCGAGCCAAUCCGUUACGCACAAGGAGAUUCGGUCGAGAAAUGGAUGAACCGCCUUCUUUGUCUGGACGCCACUCUUCCUCGCGCAUCAACAACCCGUGGCUGCCCUCACCCCGAUCAGUGCCAGCUUCUCUCCGUCAACAGAGAUACUCUUUUCUCCUUCCACCCCGUUUCCGAAAAGUUCCUCCAGCAGAUGAUGGCACUUUACGUUGCAUCGCAUUACAAGAACACUCCCAACGACUUGCAGCUCAUGUCUGAUGCUCCCGCUCAUCAAUUGUACGUACUCGUACCUCCAGUUGAGGAGGGUAGCAACCGUCUUCCUGAACCCCUGUGUGUCAUUCAGCUUGCCCUGGAAGGACAGAUCAGCAGAGAAAGUGUCAUCAACAGCCUGAGCCGUGGUCAAAGAGCAGGAGGUGAUCUGAUCCCUUGGCUGGUCAGUCAACAAUUCCAAGAUGAAGACUUCGCCGGGCUCUCUGGAGCGCGUGUUGUCCGUAUUGCCACUCACCCAGACUACAUGAACAUGGGCUACGGUAAGAAGGCUCUCGAGCUUCUCACAGACUUCUUCGAGGGCAAGUUUACCUCUCUGUCCGAGGACGAUGGACAAGCCGAGGCUGGAAGCGAGGGCAUGGUACGUGUCACAGAUGCCGAGUUGGAGAAUGCCAGUCUACUGCAGGACAACGUCAAGGUUCGCGACAUUUCGACCAUGCCUCCGCUCUUCGCUCGUCUAUCAGAGCGCAGACCUACCCGUCUGGACUACAUGGGUGUCUCAUAUGGUCUGACUUCGCCGCUGCACAAGUUCUGGAAGCGCACAAACUUCGUGCCUGUCUACCUUCGUCAAACUGCAAACGAUCUCACUGGAGAACACACCUGUGUCAUGUUGAGAACACUUGACAGCGCUACUUCCUCGGACCCUGCCUGGCUUGGAGCAUACGCCAAGGACUUCCACCGCAGAUUCCUUAGUCUCUCGUCUUACCAAUUCAGAAAGUUCACUAGCGUCCAGGCUUUGAGUCUCGAUGAGUCUGCUAAUGCCGGUAUUAAGCUCGACAGCAGCGUGCCGCCGAGAGCGCUGACCAAGAGCGAGUUGGACGAACUGUUCAGCCCCUUCGAUUUGAAGCGUCUGGAUAGCUACGCAAACAACAUGCUGGAUUACCACGUCAUUCUUGAUUUGCUGCCCAAGAUCGCCGAGCUCUUUUUCACUGGCCGUAUCAAGGGAGAAGAAGCCGUUAAGCUCAGUGGUGUGCAACAAGCCUUGCUUUAUGCCAUCGGUCUACAGCGCAAGACGCUUGAAGACCUCGAGAAGGAACUUGGACUUGGAAGCAGUCAAUUGCUCGCCAUGUUCGUCAAGGUGAUGCGUAAGAUGUCGAUGCAUUUCCGUGGUCUUGUUGAGGGCGCUGUCGCAGAGACCAUGCCCAAGGGUAUCGGCGGCGGUGAUGCCGAAGCCAACAAGCUUGAUGGUGAGGACGAGCAGCGAUUUGCACCUCUUCAACAGACUCUGGAAGACGAUCUCGCCGAAGCUGGUGACGAGUACAUGGCUGCCGAGAAGGAGCGUGCCCGUGCUAUGAUUGACGCCUUGCCUCUGGACAAGUACGCUAUUGCAAAUGGCGAGGCCAAUUGGGACGAGGCAGAACGCCAGAUCCAAAAGGCAGGAGGUCGUAGCGGAAAGAGCACAACCGUCAGCGUCAAGUCGAAGAAUGCUUCAAGCAAACGCAAGGCUGGUGAGGCUCUCGAGGAGGUCCAGAAGGAGGCUGCCAACAUUGACGGCAAGAAGAGCAAGAAGGGCAAGAAGUCAAGGUAAAGGAUUAAAUGAAUUGCAUAGAGGACGGAGUUAGCGGUGUACAAAAGGGUGUAUUGCGAAGGGAUCUUGAAAGGGAAAUAUCCAAUCUGUAUUUGACGUAUUCUACAAAUCCGAGCAGAAUUACAAGAGGUCUUGUUUACGAGUUUCGUCGCGGACGCAAUUGCCAAAGAGACGGGCAUGCGAUUGGUGGUUGCCCGCUUUCGGCCUUUUGAAAGCGCAUCUCCGUUCUUGCGAGCCGC